CAAGCGUGAGCGCAUGUCGCUGUGUGUGUUUCUGUUUGAGUGUGUGUGGCGUGUCUGUGUGUGCGUGCGUGGGUGCGUGAUCGCGAAUCGCUCGAUAGAGAGAGAAAAAGGACAGAGAAGGUGUGCAGCAGCAGCGUUUACUCUGACCAGUGUUGGAAGCAAGAAGAAGUGCGAGGAAGACUGGGACGAGUGUCUGCCUACACAUAAUGCUGCUGGCCAUUGUCUAUAGCUGUGUAGGGGGAGGAGCGGCACUGUAUGCUCUCUACCACUGGAUCAUCCCCAACCUGGUGCAGUACCACACUGGAGCAUUAUUAUUCUGGCACGACGACCUGGUCCCCUGGGUGAGGGACACCGUCUAUGGCUCCACCCGCCCAGAGCGUAUUCUGGCCGAAGUAAAGAGGAAGGCCACCAGGGGUGACGCCAGGAGUGUGGUGGACACCAUCGACCAGUACUGCAGACAUCAAGAAUGGGCCAUGAAUGUGGGGGACGAGAAAGGCGCCAUCCUGGACUCCAUCGUGUGUGAGGUGAAGCCCAGGGCGAUGCUCGAGCUGGGGACCUACUGCGGUUACUCGGCGGUGCGCAUCGCCAGCCUGCUGCCCCCAAACUCAAGGCUGAUCACCAUGGAGUUCAACCCUGUGUUCGCCGCCAUCGCACGCCAGGUCAUCGCCUGGGCAGGAGUGGAGGAUAAGGUGGUGCUCAUCGAGGGGCCAUCCGGGGACUGGAUCCCUAAAAUGAAGAAGGAGUUCGGGUUGACUUCAUUUGACUUGGUGUUCUUGGACCACUGGAAGGAUUGCUACCUACCCGACACCAAACUAAUGGAGGCAAGGAGUGCGGCCUGCUCAGGACGGGCAGCAUCCUGGUGGCCGACAACGUCAUCUGUCCCGGGGCGCCUGAUUACCUGGAGUACGUGCGUGGCAGCCCGCGGUACGAGAGCAAGUACUUCCGCUCCCAUCUGGAGUACACCAGAGUAGAGGACGGCAUAGAGAAGUCUGUCUUCCUGGGGUAGCUGAGCUUCCUGCCCCUCCUCUCUCACUCAGUCACACACACACACACACACACACACACACACACACACACACACACACACACACACACACACACACACACACACACACACACACACACACACACACACACACACACACACACAAAAUAAUGAACAAACUAAUAUAAAUAC